GCCAGUAGAGCCUCAACUUCCAGCGUGGACACAGAGAAGGGAGACAGAAGUCCAUUCUCGUGAGGUCCACCCACAAGUCACCAUGUAUGAGGACUGUGUCAAGUCCACUGAGGACUAUUAUUUUGUCUGUGAAAACGAGGGCGCGUGGGGCAUUGUGCUUGAGGCCUUGGCAAUAAUCGGCAUAGUGGUCACAAUUAUACUACUCUUGGCGUUUCUCUUCCUCCUGCGAAGGGUUCAAGACUGCUGCCUGUGGAAUACCCUCCCCACUCAGAUCCUUUUCCUCCUGGGUGUGCUGGGACUCUUCAGCCUUGCCUUUGCCUUCAUCGCUCAGUUCAAUCAGCAAACUGCCCCUGUGCGCUACUUUCUCUUUGGGGUUCUCUUUGCUAUCUGUUUCUCAUGCCUCUUGGCUCAUGCCUCCAACCUUGUGAAGCUGGUCCGAGGUAGAGUCUCCCUUUGUUGGACAACGAUUCUGUGCAUUGCUAUUGGUGUCAGCUUGUUGCAGGUGAUCAUUGCCAUUGAGUACGUGACUCUCAUGAUGACCAGGGGCAUGAUGUUUAUGCAUAUGACCCCUUGUGAGCUCAACAUGGACUUUGUGGUCCUCCUGGUCUAUGUCCUCUUCCUGAUGGCCCUCACCUUCUUCGUCUCCAAAGCCACUUUCUGUGGCCCAUGUGAGAACUGGAAGCAACAUGGAAGGCUCAUCUUUGUCACUGUGCUCAUCUCCAUCAUUAUCUGGGUGGUGUGGAUCUCCAUGCUCCUGAGAGGCAACCCACAGCUCCAGCGGCAGCCCCAGUGGGAUGACCCCGUCAUCUGUAUUGCCCUGGUCACCAAUGCAUGGGUUUUCCUGCUGCUGUACAUCAUACCGGAGCUCUGCAUUCUCUACAGAUCGACCAAGCAGAACUGCCCUUUACCGGGCAACACCUGCCCUGCCCCAGCCUAUCAAUGCAGCUUCAGAGUGGAGAACCAGGAACUCUCAAGAGCCCGAGACAGUGAUGGAGCUGAGGAGGAUGUAGCAUUAACUUCAUAUGGUACCCUCAUUCAGCCGCAGACUGCUGAUCCCACACAGGAGUGCUUCAUCCCACCAACAAAACCAAGCCCCCAGCAAGAUGCAGAAAUAUAAAGUCCACAGGAAACAUGCAUAGUGGAAACUCAGAAGACCAUCCUAAUGUAGCCCUGAUGGGUCACUGGGGAGCCCAGAGUCAUGUUCCAGCCAAGUACCGGCUCAUCCUUCCUUCCCCGCUUCCCAGCACUUUCCAUCCAUCCGGACCCUUCAUCAGAAGACUACUGUCUCAAGCAUAAUUACAAUCUUGCU